AUGGAGUUGCUUAUGAAGGACCCCAUUAAACUCCCAUGUGGUCUUUGGCUGCAAAAUCGACUAGUGAAGGCCGCUAUGGCUGAGGAUAUGGCAGAUAGUAGCCAUUUGCCUCACAGCAAAUUUCUUGAAGCGUAUGGGAAAUGGGCAAAAGGAGGCUGGGGUGGCAUUCUCACCGGCAACAUUCAGGUGGAUGUACGCUAUCUAGGGAACUACAACGAUCUAGCAAUAGAUGAAUUUGAUGAUGAUACCAAUGCGGUACUUGAUACGUGGAGGCUAUAUGCAAAUCGCUGCCAGGAGCACGGCACCCCUGUCAUUGCCCAAAUAUCUCAUCCUGGUCGCCAAUCUCGAAGAGGAGCGGGUCGAAGAGGGAUUUUCACCCCGACUAUCGCACCAAGUCCGAUUCCACUAUAUCUUGGGGAUGGUUAUGUUGCAUCCUGUAUCAGUUCUAUGGUUUUUGGUAAACCAAGGGAAAUGUCCAUUAACGAUAUCAAGCAGGUCAUCCACCAGUUUGUCAACUGUGCCCGUAUCUUGGCAAUAUGUGGAUUCUCAGGAAUUGAGCUACAUGCUGCUCAUGGUUUCCUCUUAUCCCAAUUUCUUUCUCCCCGAACCAACAGACGCCUGGAUGAAUACGGAGGAAGCAAUGAUAAACGUGUUCGAAUUGUUCUUGAGAUCAUUAAGGGCAUUCGCGAGGUUGUACCCAGUGGUUUUUGCAUUGGAGUUAAAUUCAACUCUUCAAGCGAUGAUUCCUCAACCUUUGAGGAUAGCAUGCGUCAGAUUGGACUUCUCGUUGAAGCAGGAAUAGACUUUUUAGAGAUUUCAGGAGGAACAUUCGAAGACCCGAUUAUGAUGGGCCGCGGCACGUACUCCGAUAGAAAAACCCACAGAUCACAUGGCACAUUGGCUCGUGAAGCUUUCUUCUGGGAAUACGCGGUAAAAACAAGAAAAAGGUUCCCAAACCUAAUCCUCAUGCUCACUGGAGGGUUUCGGUCUCGCCAGGGUAUCGAGGACGCCUUGCAAAACAAUGUUUGCGAUCUGGUUGGCAUUGGGCGUCCUGCUGUUAUCAACCCUGCAUAUCCACGAUUAAUUAUGACGAACACGUCUCCGGACCACCAAGCAAAAGUUUCCUUGAACAAGGUUGCCACUCCAUUCUGGUCGACUUUCUUUCAAAUCAAUGCUCUUGGAGGAGGUGCCGAAACUUUUACGGACCUCAAUGAUGAUCGUGGGAAGGAGAUCAAGAACCCACACACAAUUCCCUGA